AUGCGUGUCCAAGCUCUCGCUCUUUUGGCCGGUGCCACUGCCGCCGCCCUGGCUGCCGAGACGGUCACUCUUUUCCUGCCUGGUUACAAUAAUCAAGAAAUCGAAGGCGAGGUCCUUGGAACUAUCGGCUCUAUGACCAAAUACCGACUCAACUGUGCUGUCGACUUUGCAUUUGACAAAUGUAAAUUCCCUGGGGGUAUAUCCAUGGACCAAGGUCCUUCAACUAUCAGUAUGUCGUAUGGCAAGAACGAUAUCACCUUUGCGCAGAGCUGCACGUAUGAUUCCAAAACCGCGAAGUGCAGCACAUCCUUCGACGAGAUGGGGUUAAUAUCCUCUUGGAACUCCGCUAUCACCUUCACUGAUGUUCCCGGUGGGGUAUUUGUGACUGUGACUAUUACCGCAACUGGAACCGAUAAUGCUUCCGCUACUACUGGUGCCUCCGUCUCGGCUUCUACAGCCGCCUCGACCGGAAGCGCUACUUUGACCACCUCCGCCUUUACUAGUAUCGCUACUUUGACCGACUCUGCCUCUGCCAGCACUGCUACUGGUACCAGCACUGCUAGCGAGUCCUCGGAUAGCAGCAGUGCUGCCGCUACCAGUGCGACUGAGACUGGUAACGCUGCUAUGCCUAUGAUCACUGGGAAUGCGCGCUGGGCUGCUGGCGGUGUUGCAGCUGCACUGGCCCUCGCUGCUCUCUGA